CACAGGGAGGUGGGACUUCGUUGUCGAGAAGCGCAAGGCUAGAAUGUAUCAGUCCACUUGAGGGUAUUUGUUAUUUCUUCUUUAAAUAACGCCCUUCGAAAAGAGAGAUCAUGGCGUCGUCACCUACCAGCGGUAAACGAAAAGCAGAUUUGAAAGUUGUCAUAUUGGGAGAUGCAGCUGUUGGCAAAACCACUUUGGUUCAUCGCUAUAUCGAAGGAAAGUUUGAAGAAACAAUAAGUACCAUUGGAGCCUCUUUCUUUCUCAAGCAGUGGGGGCCGUACAAUGUAGCUGUCUGGGAUACAGCAGGUGAGGAGAAAUACUCUGGGCUCUCGUCAUUUUACUGUCGUGGUGCUGGAGCAGCCAUAUUGGCGUAUGAUAUCAGAGAAGGAAAGACAUUUGAGUCGUUAUGGGCACGAUUCACUCCCCUGUUGGAAGCCGCUGAUGAGAAGUGUGUUCGAGUUGUCGUGGGAACAAAAUUAGACUUGGUCAAGCCAGGUUCAAGGGAGAUAACCCUUGAAGAAGGGGAACACUUUGCCAGUGAAAUCAACGAGCACAUACCUAAAGACAGGCUGAAGCACAUCCCUUAUUUUGAGACGUCCAGCGUGACUGGGGAAAGCGUGGAGAAAAUGUUUGAGUUUAUUCUCGACUAUUGCCUGCCACUGACAGAAGAAAUGAAGCUAUCAAUGGAGGGAAACACCAUUCAUCUGAAAGAUUCAAAGACAGAUACUGUUAAGAAGAAUGGAUGUGCAUGUUAGUUCAAGUGCACUGAUAUUUCGAUCUUUUUUUUUCUUAGAUGUGUUUAUACAUGUACAUGUUGGAGCUUUGAUAGUAGAAUUAAAUACAUGUAGAUCAAAACUGGCAUAGCCACAGCCACACCAUGUUUAUUUCUCAUGAUCAAAAUCCCAAAUGUGUUUGGUGGAUAGAAACAUUUGGAUGACCUCCCUUUAUUGAUGUCAAGUUUUUUAAUUUUAUUUUAAUUAUUUUUCUUUCAUUUAUAGGAUAUAUAUAUUAGAACUUACAUGUAGAUGUAUAUGUAAAUAGAAAUCUUAGUGUAUCCAUCCCUGGUUGCUCAUAGGCUGAUAUAUUUUUUUUCCUUUUUUUGAAGUGAGCCAGAGAUGGUCAUAUUUUCAUGUCCAUGAAGUCCUGAGCAAUGACUGCAUAAUGCGACUUGUUAUUUGGCAUGUCAUAAUUUUUCUCAUCCAUUUUGCCCUUGAAAAAGAAGUUUUAUAAUUGUGCAGUGAAAUUAUAUUUAUGUAAAUGUACCCUAAUUCUUCUAUAAUUGGGGAUAGUGCGAAAGUAAAAUUUUAUAUUUCGUUACGAGCCGUUUGGAAAAGUAAAUAUAUGAGUAUGUUAUUCAUUAGAUGGUCUGACCAUGUGAGCAAGAAAGAAACUUAUUAUUCCAGCUACAAUUACAUAUAUACUGGCUAAAAUGAGCAGGCCAGGUGUCCCAAAAAUUAGAACAAAUAGAGUAUAUUUUUGUUUUUGCAUAAUGAUGCGUAUUCUAGGUUCAUUGGGUUUGCCCUAGCAAUAUACAUUGGUAGGGAAAGUAAAUAGAAAUGUACUGCAGGGGUAUAUUACACAAGUAAUCAGCACAAGUUGUUUUUUUUUUGUGGAGCAGGCUUGGUCUAAAAGUGCAAAAACUCCUCAAAAUUAAAGCUGUGCACCUUAAUCGGUGUUUACACCAUGAGACUUGUUGCUACAAGAUGUAGCCAUCAAUAAAUAGCAUGAGAACUGUCAAUUAAUAGGGGAGUUUUGAGUUGGAACACUUCUGUCGACAAAGGUAAAAACAGUCCUACCGUGUUAUAUGACUUGUGAAAAAUGUUAGGCAAACUUUGUUGAUAUUAAUUUACUGAUCACCCACCUUUUCAAUAGGCAUAUAUGACAUUUCUUUCCAUUACAAACUUCUCAAGUUCCCAAACGUUUGGAUUCUCAGUUUCUCCUUCUUUCAUCUAAUCUAAGUGACUUUUAAUGACGUGUUUUUCAGACACCUGUGUUAUAGUGAAUGUGAUCAAAUGUAGUUGCCUAACAUUUUUCACAGGUCACAUGAUACACGUGGACUUUUUCUACUUUCAUCAAUAAAAAAUGUCAAACUCAAAACUCCCCUGUUUCAUUUGAAAGUCAUAAUGGUAAUAAGACAGAGUUGUCCUACAUUUUCAUUUCAGUAACCUUUUUUGCUGACUUCACCUUCAUCAACACAUUAAAACACAAAAGCUUAAAGCUGAUGAAAUUAGAACAUGCAUGUGUAGGGUUACAGGAAAGUAUUUUUUUUUUUGUUACACAUUAACUUUUAUCUUUUAUUGGCGUAAGUUUUACUUUGCUAUAUGCAGGGAUCAUUAAAUAAUGCCUUUUAGCCUAGUUAGGGCUGAGGUGGAUAUACUGUUUGCUGGUUGAGUCUUUUACACCAAGCUGUGGACAUCUGCAAGACACUGCAGAAUUUUUUUCAUUUUUUUUUUACAUUGCAGGAUUUUUAAAAUCUUUAUUACAUUGCAGGAUUUUUUAUUUUUUUUACAUUGCAGGAUUUUUUAUUUUUUUUACAUUGCAGGAUUUUUUUUUUUUUUAAAUUGCAGGUUUUAUGAGUUAUCAUAUGGCAUUGUGACAACGGAGUGGUGUCCCUUGAUAGUGCAUUUCACAGAAAGAUGGAGCAAAUACUUGAUGCUCAGCAUGAGACGAUAUAGACUAAAAUAAUUUCAAACAGAGAGUUUCAUGAAAAGUAAUUUAGAGUAGACAAACUGGUAUAACCCAAUCAGAUUUGCUUGUUGUGAGAGCUUGAAAUGAGCUAAACAAGAAGGCAUUGUGUAGCUCAGGUCAUUAAUGAUGCACUGGGUCAUUUGCAUACGACUCUCCCACUCGUUGCCUAAAUUGCGCACGUGCACUGUGAAUCAUGUCUCCUAAAUGAGUUCAAAUCUUGCACGCCAUAAUUCUACAUUGAAAACUACGUUGAAGACACGUUGAUGUUCCCCACCAGUCCUGGGGGUCUUGUUGGCAGAAAGAGGUUAACAGCUGUGGUCAUGUGAUGAAGCCAUGCGGGUCAGCUUAGAUGAGGAUCAGUGUCGAUCACUUCCCUUGU